CGUCACUUCCGCUUCCGCCCGCGCCGGAAGUGCCGCCAGUCUCGCCGCCAUGGCCUCAAGGUUACUGCGGGUGAGCGCGGCCCUGCGGCUCCUGCCCGCGGCGUCGGCCCGCGCCGCGCCCGCCCGCCACCUCGGUGUGCCCGGGAACCUAGCCAGCGAUGAGGAGCAGGCGACCGGGCUGGAGCGGAAGGUGAUCGAGGCCAUGAACAAGGGUCUGGACCCCUACAGCAUGUUCCGGCCCAAGCGCUACGCGGGCACCAAGGAGGACCCGAACCUCGUGCCCUCCAUCACCAACAGGCGCAUCGUGGGCUGUGUCUGUGAGGAGGACAACAGCUACGUGGUUUGGUUCUGGCUGCACAAAGGCGAGGCCCAGCGCUGCCCCUCCUGCGGCACCCACUACAAACUGAUCCCCCAUGAGCUGCCCCACUGAGGGACCCCGGCCCCAAACUGAUCACCCACGCGCUGCCCCACUGAUGGGCUGGGGGUCCCCUCCCUCACUUCCCUGGGGUCCCCUGGAUGCCCCUGAGACCCCCAGAUAAAGAGGUUGUGUGGAGA